AUUUUGCAAUAAAAUGCACUUGUAAUUUGCAUCCAUUUAGAAAUCACCAAGAGAAUUCUCUAUACUUUACUACUCUGUACGUUACUUGGCUUUACUCGUUUCUUUGCUAAUAAAGGUCAUCAAUCUGCAUUGCCAUAACAACGAUUCUGUCAUCUAGACCAUCAGCAGUCGCGGCUGAUACGUCGUCAGAAUAACGUCGGACUGAUUCUAACUAAAGUGUUAAUAAUAGCAAGAUGGCUGUCGUUCUAUUAACUUUAAUUGUCGGAACACUUAUCAUCCUGUAUAUUUAUUUAACGAGAAAUUUGAGAUAUUGGGACAAACAAGGAAUUCCAUGUGCGUCUGGAGUUUUGCCUGGAGUGGGUCAUAUGUUAUCAGUACUGUGCUUGAAAAUUACGUACGCUGAACGUUUUCGUCGAAUGUACAAAGAGUACAAGAAUUUCAGCAUGGUCGGUUUUUACAAUUUUUCGUCGCCGUCGUUGAUGGUCAUCGAGCCGGAGUUAGUGAAGGAGGUGAUGCAGACUAAUUUUGCAAGCUUCCAGCAGAAUGCUAUCGCAGUGGAUUCUAACUUGGAUCCUCUAGUGGCCAAUAAUCCCUUCAUCGCGACUGGGGAGAAAUGGGUGACCGGAAGGAAGCGUUUGACUUAUGCGUUUUCUAGCAUGCGAUUGAAGAUACUGCUUGAAAGUGUUAAAUUGGUGUGCGUAGAAUUCGAAAGCUUCUUGGACAGAAAAUUGAAUAAAGCGGAGAAGAUGGAAUUGGAUCUGAAGGAAUUGUUCUCCAGGUACACCGCGCAGGUGGUAGCGAGCGCGGGUUUCGGCGUGGAUGGAUUGUGUUUCGAUGAGAAAGAGAGCAGCGCGUCCUUCAGAAACAUCGCCAAGACUGUCAUGGAACCAUCCGUUCGGAGUACACUUGUUUUCAAUAUCAUCAUGAUGAUCCCUUGGUUGAACAAGAUCUUCAAGAUAAGUUUCAUACCGAAGCAUGUCGAUCGUUUCUUCAGAGGGUUAAUCACGGAUCUUAUGAAGAAGAGGAGAACGGAGAAUGUACCUAGGAACGAUUUUCUUCAAUUAAUGGUUGAAUUAGAGCGAAUGGAGGGUGACAAGUUCGAUGUAGAGGUACUCGCGUCUCAUGCGUUAUCGUUCGUCCUUGACGGUUACGAGACCUCUAGUAGCAAUUUGAGUUUCAUCAGUUUCUACUUGGCUACUCAUUCGGAAGUGCAGGAGAAGUUACGCAAAGAAGUGGUGUCCGUACUCUCUCGAUACGAAGGCGUUCUCACGUACGAAGCUUUGAAGGAAAUGACGUACUUGGAUCAAGUAAUAAACGAGUCUCUGAGGGUCACACCCAUGGGGCCAGUUUUGACCAAGUAUUGCACAGCGAAAUGCGAGCUGAAGGGAUCCGAUGGUCUUGUCUGCUCCGUGGAACCUGGAACGUUAAUUUUAAUACCCGUUCAAGGUUUGCAGGAAGAUCCUCGGUAUUGGGACAAUCCUGAAGUAUUCGAUCCUGAAAGAUUCAGCCCGGACAGGAAACACAGCAUUGAGAAAUUCACUUAUCUUCCUUUCGGCGAAGGGCCGCGGAUCUGCGUCGGAAUGAGGAUGGCUUUGUUGCAGGUGAAAGCAUGUCUGGCUGUAUUCUUAAAAAAGUACAGUCUGGAGCUUUCACCUAAGACACAAGUACCCUUGAAGAUGCUGCCCGGAAAUUUCCUACCAACACCGAAGGGCGGUCUAUGGGCAUUUGUCCGACAGUUGUAAUCAUAAAAAUCUUUCUUUAUGAUACAUAAAGAUCUUUAUGAUAUAUCAAGAUUUAAGAUUUCAUGAUAUUAACAGCAAAAUAUAUAUAUCAAGCAUCAAUGGAAAAACAGAAAUUAUAUAGCAUCAAGCUAUUAUAAAUAGAAUUAUACUUACGUAUUGUUAAAUAAAGUUACUUUUAAAAAUCUAUAAAAUAAACAUUUUUAUGUAAAAAUAUGUAGAAGAAGAAACAAUUUAAUACUUGUGUUAAGCAUAUUCUUCUAGCAAGCAUUUUAAAAUUUUGUAAUUAAUGCUAGGUAUAGAUAAAUACACACAUACAAUCUCAUAUUAUGUACAAUCUCAUAUUAUAUUAUAUAUUAUAUCUCAUGUUAGUUAUAUUAAUAGUAAAAGUAUAUGUAAAACAUAAUUUUUAAUCUGUACUGUCUAAUUUUUUAGCAUUGCAUUAUAUCGUUAAGAAAUUUUAUAUAAGUAUUCUGAUUGUAACGUAUGCAGAUAGUACGAAAUAAAUUUAUCAAUUUAUUAAUUAGGGUAGAAAUAUCUAAAUAAGUAAUUCUUUUAAAUUUCGGAGGUCUCAAUUUCAAAUCUUAUUAAUGGUAAGCGUAUUUUUCAGAUACGAUGUAAAUUGAACCAAUUAAACGGCGUAAAAUAAAAAAAGAUUUU